AUAUGUCCAUUCGUAGUUUACGUUUCGGUAACAAUGUACGUGUAUGUUAUCAUCAGCUCGCCAUAUUCCGCGCACACUCGUGUUUCAGUCACCUUAACGAAGCUAUACACUAUACAGGCCAACUCAUAACAUACGACUGGCACAGUAUAUAGUGUGACUAAUACCUGCUAAGGUCUAAAACAUCGUAUCACAUAUGUAAUUACAUAGUUCCUUUUCAUUACGGUCUAAAUGGUGUGUUUUAUGUUCCACUAGAAGUGUUUUCUAAUGUUUGUGUACGUACAAAGUAAAAUGAAUACAAGUUACAAGUGGUAUUGGAAAAAGAAGUGCGGCUUUGUAACUGAAAUUAUCAGUGUAAACAGGAAAUAUUAAUAUUAGUCUAUUGUGUGACUUGGACGGGAAAAGAAUUAAGUUAAAAACAACAUGUUGACUAGGAGAGUUACAUAUAAAACUGUUCUUUUGUUCAUAUUCGGUGUUUCUGUGAUCGUUCCUUUAGUAUAUCAUUUUGUUGGAUAUUCAGAGGCUCAAAGACUUAUGUAUCAUGUGCAUGAUUCGAACGCGUUCAAUUUCAAUGCACUUCGCGCGAGUUGGCCCACCUCCGUAUUGGGCGGAAUAUUGUUUCAUGGGGACCCAAUACCAAACCCAAACGUUAAUGCAGGAAGGCAAUACGUCGUGCUCGUUUGGAGAUACUGGAAUUGGCUGAAGCAGCGACAUGUGUUUAACUUUGGGAAAGAAGGAGAAGAAAAGGACGUUUUGGAUGGUUGCAGUGUGAAAAAUUGCAUAUUUUCUGGUGAUGACAGCAUCAUAGAUACAGCGGACGCAGUUCUCGUUCACAUACAAAGAGGAUUGGUACCAACAGUGAAGAAUCGGAACCCUAAACAGAGAUGGAUAUUUUUGAACGACGAAUCGCCAAGACAUGCCUUCACUUUGGCUAAACAUGCUCCGAAGAUGGAAACUCUAUACGGUGUAUUCAAUUGGUCCAUGAAUUAUCGGAGCGACUCCGACGUACCGGUGCCGUAUGGUCGAACAGUAAUUUUACCAAAACCAGUACUAAAUGAAUAUAAUACGUUAUCAGAUUUUGCCGCAUUGAUACCAAACUGGGAUCGAAAAAAACCAGACAAAAUGGUUGCAGUGCUGAUGUCGAAUUGUAUGGUAAAAGCAAGAAAUGACUUUUUAAAUAAAUUGAAGAAGUACAUCGACGUAGAUAUUUAUGGAAAAUGUUCCGACAAAAAAGAGCUUCGAAUGGGUUGCCCUGGACAUUUUAGGUCAGAUUGUGACCCAAUAGCAAACUAUUUCUUCUACUUAGUGCUAGAAAACACGAGUUGCUAUCAAUACUUGACUGAGAAGGCAUUUUACCACGCUUACUCGAAAGGCGCAAUACCAGUUAUUUUUGGACCGUCUCGUGAAGACGUUGAAACCCUGUUACCACCGAAUUCUUACAUAUACGCUGAUGCGGACACGGAUGUAGAAAAUCUAGCAAAUAAUAUAAAGGCUAUUGCAUCAAGUAUUGAUCUCCUUAUUUCGAUGCAUACAUGGAGAAAUCAUUUCCAAACUGUCAAUGAACAUGGGUACUUCGGUACAAAAUCUUAUCAUCUAUGUCGUGUUUGUGAAGCCUUAAAUUAUAAUAAUGAAGAAGAAAAAGUUUACGAUAAAGAACUUUUAGAUGUGUUCUUAGACCCAUCAAAAUCGUGUUAUGACAAAAAGAAGUGAGCGAAAAUGUGUGAUAUUAUUGUUAUAUGUACAUAUUUGUUACGUUAUACCAAUAAAUGUAAAAUGUUGUUGUUAAUUGAAUUAGCAGUAAUUAAACUAUAAUUGAUAA